AUGGUUGAUACAGUAUCAAAGCGAGUGAAUAUUCAGCUUACCUCUGGCAUAGAUUCACGUAAUAGUGAACCUUCAUGUAGUGAAGCAUUCGUCAUAUCGUCACCUACAGUUUCGGUUGACUUGCAGAACGAACCAUUGUCGCCAGUGUCUGAACGCUAUCGCCUUAAAAAAUUCCACCUGCAACAGAAAUAUGAAUAUAUUUAUAUGUCCAACAAUCGGUUGCGGAAUCGUUUAUAUCAUAUCAAAAAAGAAAUCAAUCAUUUAAAGCGCCUGAAAAGAGUACUUUGUCAGCGAUUGUUCACAUUUCGUGAUCCGUUUAUGGAUUCAUGCCUCGAAAUUCCGGAUAAUGAUCCGACAUCUCCAACAACAGAGAAGAUUUCAAACGAUGCAAUGGGGAAACCAUCUAGUAGUUCCAAAAAAAAGAAGGCUGCAGAAGUUAAAAGAGUUAAUCAGCAAGUAAAUGAAGUGUCAUCAAUGGUAGAGAUAGCGAAAAAUAGUGUCAUAUCAAUAAUAGACUCGGUGAUUACUGAAUCUCAUGAAGAACGUGUGCGUGCCAACCAGAACUCUACUGGUCAAAAAACUCCUCGGCAAUCUCCCACUCUUCCAGUUCUAGGCGAAACAGUGCGAAAUGAAGCAGAGAUCGGAGAGGUCUCUGAAGAUGGUGAACCAGUUACUGAAAGGAUGUUGCGCGCUUCAUCUAUAGAUCAUUUGUUACCUAUUGAUCCAGAUUCCGAUCCUAAUAAUGUUCUUACUGGAUUUGGUGAAAAUCUGGAAGAAAAUUUUAUGGCCGAAGACUAG